CAUGGAGAACGGUUAUUGAGGAGAGAUCCAUUUGUUGGGAUGUAAUUAAAAAAAGAAUGAAUCAAGAUAAAACCUCUAAAUGCAAGUACCAGAAAAAUUACAACACAUCUUGGUGAAUUUCCAAUUGUUGGUGGAAAAGAAUUUAUAAGUACAUAUGUUUAUUAACAAACUUAGAAGAACCCAUAAUCCAUACAUAGAAAGUGAGAGCUUUCUUCUCACUACUGUGUCCUUCGUAAGCCCAGUGAUAACCACUCGUGUUAACAGGGUCGUCUUCCUUGUGGGUUGGCAGGCAGUUGUAGGACUGCAAAAUGGGUCUCCGGAUUCACUUUGUUGUUGACCCACAUGGUUGGUGCUGCAUGGGUUUGAUUGUCUUUGUCUGGUUAUACAAUAUUGUCUUAAUUCCCAAAAUUGUCCUCUUUCCUCACUAUGAAGAAGGACAUAUUCCAGGCAUAUUAAUAAUAAUAUUCUAUGGCAUUGCCAUAUUUUGUCUGGUUGCUUUAGUGAGGGCCUCAAUAACUGACCCAGGAAGACUCCCUGAGAACCCUAAGAUUCCACAUGGAGAACGGGAGUUCUGGGAAUUAUGUAACAAAUGUAAUUUGAUGAGACCAAAGCGAUCCCAUCACUGUAGCCGCUGCGGGCACUGCGUGAGGAGAAUGGAUCAUCACUGUCCGUGGAUUAACAAUUGUGUUGGCGAAGAUAAUCAUUGGCUUUUUCUGCAGUUGUGUUUCUACACAGAACUUCUUACUUCCUACGCACUGAUGUUUUCUUUCUGCCACUAUUAUUACUUUCUUCCACUAAAAAAGCGUAACUUGGACCUCUUUGUGGUUAGGCAUGAAUUGGCCAUAAUGAGACUAGCUGCCUUUAUGGGCAUUACUAUGUUAGUUGGAAUAACUGGACUUUUUUAUACUCAACUAAUUGGCAUCAUCACACUCGGCAGCCAUGAUGGAAAUGGAGGACCUCCUGCUGCUGCAGUGCCAGCGGCCAGCUGGCCCACCAGCCCCUACGUUGCAGAUGAGUCUCCUGAUGUCAACACUGGCCAGGGCCUUUGCAGACAAGCCUGGCCAGAAAGGUUCAAGACUUAACAUCUGCUGUUUUAAUGAGGGCAUCGAUCUUAUUCUUGGUGAUCAUCACAUCGUCGCUGCGCAGGAUGGGGCCAGAGCAGAGGCUGAUGAGCUCCCAGACCGAGGCCACGAUGCGGGGGAGUGUUGAACGGUGCUGCUGGGCACAGAUGAAGUGAGGGGCUCACCCCAGAGUGGCCUUAGCUUCCUCGGAGGGACCAGCACCUCCCAGCAGCUGAGGAAAGGGGCUGCCCCCUACUCAUAAGUGUUCCUUCUCUUUAGGAGCUUACAGAAUUGAAAUGGCCACUGCAUUAAUUUUAAUGUUAUUUUAUUUUCAUAAAAUUGCACUGCAGAAGAUCCAAAAAACCAAAAACAUUGCCUGUAACCGUAUUCUGAGACCACAAUCUUUAUUUUGAUACAUGUCCGUCAGUCUUUUUUGCUUUGCGUUAUUUAUGACGGAAUUGUAUUACAACACAGUUUUGCAUUUUCUUCAUGUAAUUUCAUGUCUGAAGCACCCAUUCAGCAUCCAUGCCUCAUCCCAGGCACGAACGCAGAGAUUCCCUACCUUGUCAAGUAAAGCUACAAGGAGACUGCUGUUUACUAAUUCUUGUCUCUUGAGGGAGACACAUUAGUUGCUUAGAUCUUAAUCCAACUGUAUGCUGUUCACAGUGUGUUUAGCUCCUUAAAAACAAAGAGACUACAUCACUAUCCAGAAGGCCUACCUGCCUCUCCGUCAACAAUGUGAUGGUUCUAGGGGUGUCUGGGUGGCUCAGUCAGUUAAGCAUCUGACCAUGAUCCCUGAGUCUGGCUCUGUGUUGACAGCU